AUGACUUCCAAUAUGUUCGGAGGUGGAAGUAACAAGAAAGCUACAAAAUUCUCUUUUUGGUGGAAAGAUAUUCAAAAAAUUAUUUCUUAUUCUUUCCGUGAUCCUUUGGUUGACUCUUGUAGGUUCUCCGUUCAUAAUGGUUUUGCAACCCUUUUUUGGGAGGCUAGGUGGUUGAACGUUACUUCUUUGAAGGAUUUGUUCCCGGAUUUAUAUGGCAUUUCUCGGUUAAAGUUUGUAUCGGUAGCGGCCAUGGGAGGUUGGAAGGACGGAGUGUGGGUUUGGGGAGAUCUCGGUGUGUCGGAGUUAGAGAUGGGAGAGCUCGGCUUGGAGGCGGAUUUUGCGGUUUUAUUAGGGCUUGUGGAGGGUUUCAAAGGUUGGAAGGGGGGAAAGGAUUCCAUUGAGUGGGAUUAUUCCGAGGACAAGGAUUUUACGGUAGCAUCUUGUUACACUUUCUACAAUAAUCUUCGUAUUCAUCAUGGACCACCUAAUAGGAAUGACGAAGCUUUUGGGUUGUUGUGGAAGUUGGAUGUCCCUUUCAAAAUCAAGGCUUUCGGUUGGAGGCUUUUUCUUGAUAGGCUUCCGGUGAAAGAUUUGUUGAAGAUUAGAGGUAUUACCAUUCCCUUGGAUGAUUUAAAUUGCUUUUUUUGUGGUAAUUGGUUGGAAUCUAGUUCCCAUUUAUUUUUUAGUUGUUUGGUGGUGAAAAAUAUUUGGAGUGAGAUAGCUAAUUGGGUUGGUAAAGGGGAUAGAGUAGAGAGUGAGUGUUUAUCGAAUUUUAUGGAUUGGCACUUGUUUUUUCAUAGCAAAAAAGUUAAACAUAGGAAGUUGGGAGUGGUGUGGCUCGCCACCACUUGGACCAUUUGGUUGGUUAGGAAUGGUGCUUGUUUCCAGAAGGAAGUUUGGAAUGUGAAUAAUAUCGUUUGGAAUGCAAAGCAUUUGGCAUGGAGAUGGUCUUUUUGCGGGAAAAUUACGCACCCCAAUUACUCUUUCUACGAGUUUUGCAAGGAUCCCUUGCAUUUUUUGUCGUAG